CUCUGAGGCUUUUUCUCCGACAAGCCGCACAGCACAUUCCGGAAAAGAACCCCUCCCCGCAAUCCACCCUCCCCAUUCCUCGCCUUCUCCCUCACCAUCCCGAAAUAUUCCACCAACAAUGGCAUCCCUCUUCGUCUCCAAAGCGCGCAAAGUGAAAUUCGAAGCAACGUGUGUCGUCCACGAUUUGACAAACUUGCCAUAUGUCAGUGGGCUGUAUUAUGUGAAAUGGAAGCUAAAGAUGAAGGAGGGGUCGUCGCAGAAGUGCACAGUAAAAGACCACACAGUAACAUUCGACACGCCCAUCCCGCUCCAACCUACCCUCAUCAUCGGCAAAGACGGCGUCCUUCUCCCCUGCGAGCUGAUCCUCUACAUCCGCCAAACGGGCGUCAACGCCGGCAAAGGGUCCGAGGAUGUCGGGCGGGUUGUUGUCAACCUCGCUGAGUUUGGUGCUGAGCGGGAACGGACGCGGCGGUAUCUGUUGCAGGAUUCGAGGGUUAAUAGUAUUUUGAGGAUUACGGUGAAGAUGCAGUUGGUUAAGGGGGAUCCCACCUACAAAGUCCCAGAAACAACAUUAAGGGAUCUUUCCUCCGAAGGCCUCCGCGGCGUCUUCUCCGAUCAAGCAUCAGAUAGUGACCAAGGCGCUCUCGACUCACCACAUAUCCCUCACCAACCAAAUCCCCACGCAACCCUCUCCGGCACCCUCGGCACCUCCCUCAACCUCUCCAUCCCCGGCCUCGGCACGCCAGACUCGGCAACGGACCCGAACGUGGAUAUUGUCAAUCGGCUGUUUGCGACGAGCGCGCAGGCGACGCGGUCAGCGGUGCAUGCGGAGGGAGGGACGCCGGCGGGGUUGAGACCGGGGACGAAUGCCGCGUCGAGAUUGUCGACUUGAAUGGGCGGGAAUGGGAGAACGGGUAGAGAACUCCCGGAAGUGACAUGGGUAUCGGGCGCCCAUGCAGGCAGUGUUUUAGACACUGAACUUUGGUAGAACAUCUGAGCCCGAUUUUGGAUAGUUGUUUAGUAUUCCCCGGAGCAGCGAUUAGGAUGACAUGGACAAUCUCUAAUGUAGCAAUGCGAUACUUAGAAAUGGGCCGGCGCCCGCGUUCCCAUCGAACGCACGAUACGC